UCUUGGUACACGCUGGUACAGGUAAUCGCUGGCAACGACAUCGGCCGCUUGCAUAAACUAUGCGGAAGAUUAAAUAAGGACUAAUUUCCAAAGUAUACUUCUGCAACAAGAGCAAUGGUCGUUCCAAAAUUAAGGAUAAAGAAAAGAUGGAAAUACUUUUGUUGUUGUUUUUGUUGCUUCACUUAUGUUGUGAUUUAUUGGCAGUGAAACACUCACUGAAGUAUUUCAUCAGUGGAUCUUCUGGAGUCCCAAAUGUUCCGGAGUUUAUUGGUGUAAUGGUGGUUGAUGGCAUUCAAACAGGUUAUUGUGACAGCAGCAAUAAGACAUUAAAACCACAACUUGACUGGGCAAAGAAAAUAUUACAAACUAAUCCUGAGCAGCUGGAGUGGUACACUCAGAAGUGUUUUGAGGAUCAGCCAAAUGUCUUCAGAGGCCACAUUUUUAGAUGGAAGCAGCGUUUCAACCAAAGUGGAGGUGUCCACGUCAUACAGAGGAUAAGUGGAUGUGAAUGGGAUGAAAACACUGACAGUGUGACCGGAGUGUUGAAGUAUGGCUAUAAUGGAGAAGGCUUUCUUGAAUUCGACCUGAAGACACUGACGUGGAUCGCACUGAAACCAGAGGCUGACAUGAUCAAACAGAAAUGGGAUGCUGAUCGGACCAGAACAAUGGAGAACGAAGACUUUCUCACUCAGACCUGUGCAGAGUGGCUGAAGAUGUAUGUGGACAAUGGGAAAAGAUCCCUGCACAGGACAGUUCCUCCCUCAUUGUCUCUCCUCCAGAAAACUCCCUCCUCUCCAGUCAGCUGCCACGCUACAGGUUUCCAUCCUGACAGAGUCAUGAUGUUCUGGAGAAAAGAUGGAGAUGAGAUUCAUGAUGGUGUGGAAAAAGGAGAUAUCCUCCCAAACAAUGAUGGCACCUUCCAGAUUAAUGUUUAUCUGAAUGUUUCAUCAGUCAAACCUGAAGACUGGAGAAAAUACGAGUGUGUGUUUCAGCUCUUGAGUGGUGAGAACGUCAUCGUCACCAAACUGAAUGAAACAAUGAUCAGAACCAACUGGAGAGAAAACAUAUUUGGGACUGGCAGAGAGAAACCCUCUGAUAUGACAGUUCCCAUCAUUCCUGCAGUAGUUGUUCUUGUUCUCAUCAUCGUUGCUGCUGCUGCUGGAUUUGCUGUUUACAAAAAGAAGAAAGAGUGGGAUCGUCAGGCAUUUCAAGUGGGAUUGUUUUUUUUAAGUUUCAGAGAGGCGAUCUACAUCAUCUCCUGACAACAAUGCUGAACAGAUUCAACUGAAUCAGGUUAAAUAGACAAACGCAGGACUCUGCACUCUCCAGUUAAAUAAGAAUAAAAGUUUUUUUUAUUUUGUUAUAUGAACUUGACUUUUUGUUUAGUUUUUAAUUGUUUUAUAAUAAAAAAGAAUGUUUAAAUGUUUACAAUACAUUUAGGCAUUUUCAUUUUUGUCUAUGAGUCUCUGUAUCAUUACAGCUAAAACUGUUUUGUUCUAUUCUAAACUUUUGUAAGGACAACAAAUGUGUUGAGUGGUGCUGUCUUUCUAUUUCUGUUUCUUCAGAACCUUUGUUUUCUAUUGAUUGUUGUGUUUUAAAUCUUAUUGCACUAAAGAGCAAGGUGAGCUCGUUUAUGCACUGUGAGAUUCUGUGUCAUGUGAUAUCAGUGAUAUGUUUCUCAGAACAUUUUGAUUUAUUAAAACUGUUAAAGCUGCUCUUUGUGUUUGAGUGCAGUCAUUGAAAAAAAUCCACAAAAAGAGAUUUUUGUGUGUAGUUUCAUAUAUUGCCCACUGUUAUUAUUAUAUUUGAUUUAAGUUUUGUUAUUAAAUAUGUUUUGUCAUAUUAAAGUUAUCCAUUUAAGCUUCA